AUGAGCAACACGCCGAGUGAGUAUAGAUCCACAGAGCCGAAGCACCUACUGAUUCUCCCUCCAGAGACCUACCGUUAUAACGAGGCGCCGGUAUAUACAGCCUCCAAUGGCUGUCCAGUCAUGGACCCCCAGGCUGCGCAGCGCAUUGGUCCUAAUGGCCCUCUGCUACUGCAGGAUUUCCAUUUGAUCGACCUGCUAGCACACUUCGAUCGCGAGCGUAUUCCCGAGCGCGUGGUGCAUGCCAAGGGUGCUGGCGCCUACGGUGAAUUCGAGGUCACCGAUGAUAUCAGCGACAUUACCACCAUCGACAUGCUCAAGGGUGUUGGCAAAAAGACCAAGAUGCUCACUCGGUUUUCGACCGUUGGAGGUGAGAAGGGAUCGCCUGACAGUGCCCGGGAUCCCCGGGGCUUUGCCAUGAAGUUCUACACUGAGGAGGGUAACUGGGAUUGGGUCUUCAACAACACCCCGAUCUUCUUUCUGCGCGACCCUGCCAAGUUCCCUAUCUUCAUCCACACUCAGAAGCGCAACCCGCAGACCAACUUGAAGGAUGCUACCAUGUUCUGGGACUAUCUGUCCACCCAUCACGAAUCCGUCCACCAGCUGAUGCACCUGUUCAGUGACCGUGGUACUCCUUAUUCAUACCGCCACAUGAACGGCUACUCCGGUCACACUUACAAGUGGAUCAAACCCGACGGGACCUUCAACUACGUCCAGAUUCAUUGCAAGACCGAUCAGGGCAACAAGACCCUCAACAACGACGAGGCUGCUAAGUUAUCCGCCGAGAACCCAGACUGGCACACCCAGGAUCUCUUCAACGCCAUUCAGCGCGGCGAGAAUCCCUCCUGGACCUGCUAUGUGCAAACCCUCAGCCCCGAACAAGCCGAGAAGUUUCGCUGGAACGUCUUCGACCUAACCAAGGUCUGGCCCCAGAAGGACGUUCCCCUCCGUCGCUUCGGGCGCUUCACGCUGAACGAGAACCCGCAAAACUACUUCGCGGAGAUCGAGCAAGCCGCCUUCUCCCCCUCCCACAUGGUCCCUGGCGCCGAGCCCUCCGCCGACCCCGUCCUCCAGAGCCGCCUCUUCUCCUACCCGGACACCCACCGCCACCGUCUGGUCGGCAACUACGAGCAGAUCCCCGUCAACUGCCCCCUGAAGGCCUUCAAUCCCACCCACCGUGAUGGUGCCAUGAACGUCAACGGAAACUACGGCGCCAACCCCAAUUAUCCCUCCACCUUCCGCCCGCUCGCGUACCAGCCCGUCCCGGCUAGCCAGAAGCACGAGCAGUGGACCGGCGCCGUUCUCGCCGAGCAGUACCCCGUUACCUCGGAGGACUACGUCCAAGCCAAUGAUCUCUGGCAGGUCCUUGGCCGGACUCCCGACCAGCAGGAGAAUUUUGUCGGUAAUCUCUCCGGCCACCUCUGUGGGGCGGAGGAGCGUGUCCGCAAGGCCACCUACGAGAUGUUCCGUCGCGUCAAUGCUGACCUAGGUGCCCGUAUCCAGUCCGCCACUGAGGCGAAUGUAUCUGGUGCGCCGUCGGCACGACUAUAG